ACGGAAACUUAAACAUUGCUCUGAUAUCGAUAUUCUAAUUUCAAAAGUCAACCCUUAAAUGGAGGCUCAUCCUUCUUUGCUGAUUCUUCUUCUUCUUUCUUGUUUUGCGACUGCAUCUUAUGCCGAGCAUAAUGACCAUACUGAGCACAAUGUCCACCUCUCCGCACUUAACCAGUCCCUCAUCGUUUCCACUUCGUCUACACCAGGCCAAGUCUUGAAGGCAGGAGUAGAUCAAGUGACAAUCACAUGGUCAUACAACCAGAGCUUCCCGGCGGGGACAGACACCAACUACACCACCGUGGAAGCCAUGCUAUGCUAUGCUCCGGUGAGCCAGACUGGCAGGGAUGACCGGAAAACUGAUGACAAUCUUGAUAACGACAAGACCUGCCCGUUAGUCAUCACAGAAGCGCCAUACAAACGCUCAAACAACUCAUUUGUAUGGACUAUUCCUAGAGAUACCCCUACAGCUACUUAUUUUGUUAGGGUGUAUGCCGUAUACAACGAACAUGAGAAAGGCUAUGGCGAGAGUACAGAUGCUCUCAAAACCACCAGCUUGUUUCAGGUUGAUGGAAUUGUUAGCGAGGAAAAGGUGUCGGGAGCAUGGUCUAUGGUUGGGAAUUCUUUCGGCUAUGGCUAUGCAUGGCUUCUUAUGUUAUUUCUUUUGUACAUUUGAUUCGACAAAAUCGAUCGAUCAUGUUGUGUGAACUUUGAUUUGGUAUAUCCAUUUAUGAUGUUAAUAAUGCAUUUAUAUCGAAACUUGUUUCGAUAUCUGUCAUGAUUGUAGACGUAUAUAUGUUGAAUUUUACAUCUACAAUUUGUGUGUUAGAGAGGAUUUCCCCAUUGAUCUCUCUAG